GGUCCCGCAUAUCGACAAUAAAUAAUGUAUAAUGUAGUAUGAAAUCAUUGUUGUGUAUUACGUUUAUGUAUUUAGCGGUCUGAUCUGGAUAAAUUGGAUUGAAAAUAAAUAAAAUGGCAUCGCCAUAUGUGUCUUUUAUUUUCAUUGGAUUGCUGGACAUGCUAGCAGUCCACUUCGUAUUGCCAUAUCUAGACAAUCAUAUGAAAGAGCUGGGCUUUAAUCAUAUUCAGAUUGGGUUAGUCGGAGCUGCAUUUUAUGCGUGUCAAUUGAUAUCAUCACCAUUUAUGGGCAGCGUGAGUGAUAUAAAGGGAAGAAAACCAGUAUUAUUGAUCAGUUUGAUUGUUUGCUCAUUUGCUUAUUUCUGGCUAGGAAUAACAUCGUCGUUUUUUGUUUUCCUUAGCCUACGCAUUGUCUUAGGAAUAUUUAAACAAACGCAAAUACUUGCUAGAGCAUUAGCGCCGGACUAUCUUGACGACCCAAAUGAUGUAUCUAUUCUCUAUGGAAAACUCCUGUCAUUGGGGAAACUAGGAACGGAUCUAGGAACUAAUUUAGGUGGCCGAAUCACGAAGGCGUUCCCCAAAAGUGGAUUCACUAUAGCAUGUGCAUUGACAACACCGUUAUACUUCAUAAUUUUACGUUUAGUCAAUGGAUUGCCUGAAAUUUCUAAAGAGAAGAAACUAGAAAAUCCAGAGCCAGAGAAGAAAUCGCCAAAACUAAAUAAUUCCAUCACUGACACAUACAAACAAAGUAUCAACAACAUUUACAGCAUAGACUGGAACAAAUACUGGGACAUAUUUCUAUUCAAACUCAUUUUGUCAACCUCUAUAGGUUUAUACUAUAUGAAUUUUACUUCAUUUCUAGAAACAAACCACGAAUUAUCAUCCGACUACAUAGGCUAUAUUGGUACCUUCCAAGGAAUUAUUGCCACUAUAAUACUUGAAACCGUUUUUUACUCAAAUAAGUUGUAUCGAAAUGAUACUGAUUAUAGUCAGAGAAUCUUCCAUGUUUUUCUAGUCUUAGUUUUGUCGUUUGUAGGCUUAGCUUUAGUAUCUAAUGUUUAUUUGUAUGUAGUAUUAGUAGUGCCGAAAGCAAUAUUUUUCUCACUUGGAAGGAUGGUAACUUUAAAUGUCCUGUGGAGUAGAAGUGAAGAUACCAACCGUGGAGUACUCAUAGGAUUAUUAUAUAACGUAGGACUUAUAUCUAGUGUUAUAACACCCCUCAGUAGCGGCUUCAUUAAUCAUUAUUUAGGUGUUAAUUAUGUAUUUUACACAGGUGCUAUGUUAGCAUCGGUAGGCCUUGUUUUAAGUUAUCAAUCGAGAACAAGAUCUUUAGAAGAGAAAAUAAAAUAGAUAACUACAU